AUGAUAGCAAGAGACCUCAAUGAUCUCAAAUCUGAAGAUGAAAUCAACAUCAAAAUCAAAUCUCCAGGCUUUGUUGACCUGCCGGAAUGGGUGGAGGUGUUGGAGAGCACUGUUCCUAGAUCAGUGAUAGCACACUUUCACAUUCACAACUCCACCCCAGACCCUGAGCUUCACAUCCUCUCUGUGGCUCUACACGCUACAGUGUUCGAAACCCCCAUCAUCAACCCCACCAAUGUCUCCGACAGCUUCACAGCUCAGAUCAUGAGUGAGUCAGACUCUACAGUGUGCGCCUGGGCUUCGACUCCGCCUCCGGCUACAUCCAGAAGACUUUUCACGUCCGAGUCGUCGACGUCAACGAGCCGCCGGAGUGCGAGGCGAGGCUCCAGUUUCCAGGUGCUGUUCUCCCAGUGGAGGUUUUGGGUGGAGGUACGAGUUCCUGAGGAUGCUCCCCCCUCUGAGCUCCUCUACACGGUGCUCGCUAGAGAUCCAGAUGAAAAUGGCACCUUCACUGCAAGUAUCCUAGACACAUUUGAGAUCACUCAGGUGCUUCCCGUUUCCUCCGUUGGACAUUUUCAGAUUGACGGACGAGGGAGAAUCACCUCCAAUCAAACCUUCGACUACCAGAAUGGACCGCGAUCUUCCUGUUCAGAACGUCUCCGUUUUGGAGAACCAAGGAGAAGGAGGCGUGGUCGCGACCGUGAGAGCCGCCCCGAGUGUCUGUUUUACAUGUUUGUGAAACCGUACCCAUCGUUCAAAAUAGAGCUAGAGGACGGCGUCAUCAGAACAGCAUAUAAUCUGGAUCUCGAGGCAGACAGAACCUUAACACAGACGGUCCUUUUGGUUCGGGCCAUCAGCGUUCUGGAGGAUCGCAGCGGAACCGCUACGGUCACUGUAAAUGUCCUGGACGUGAAUGAACACCCUCCACCCGUUAUCAUUUUAACACUACCCGAGACCACAGAGGUGGGCCACAGUCUGGGCUCCAUCACGUGUCUGGACAUCGAUGUCAGCAACCACAACAUUUCUCUCACACUUAUCCAGAGCGAUGUCUCGCACCUCAGGUUCCGUCUGUGGGAAGGUCAGCUGCAGGUGAACAGCAGCUUGGAUUAUGACAAUGAAGCGGUUGCUGCCAAUUCUUUCCAGUACGAAGUGAGCGUCAUGGCUACUGACUCCUGGAGUCCUGCUUUGUCGACUGAAGUUCGUGUCCCGAUCACGGUGACUCCAGUGAACGUGUUCGACCCCUGGGUAGUGUCUCCACUGGUUCUGAUGGUACCUGAGGAUUCUCAACACAGGGCAGUAGUAGCUGUGGUGCAGGCUGUGGAUCAGGACUGGCCUUUUCACUCCAUCAGGCUCUCCAUUGCAGGGGGACACGCCCUUUUCUCUAUAGACCCCAUAGGAGGGCAGCUGUACUUGAGGUCUGAGCUGGACUUUGAGGAGAAGGAUUUCCACACAGUAAAGGUUCAGGCUGUGGACUUUGACCAGGACGUUGACCGAACCAACCUGAGAACAAGUGUGACGGACAUCACCAUACAAGUGCAGAACGUGAACGAUAAUGCUCCUGUGUGUGACCCCCUCUCAUAUGAGUCCACCAUCUUCUCCACUCUGGCUGCUGGAGUCUCCAUAGUGACCCUCACCUGCACAGAUGCAGACAGAUACAUGCUCACCGCCACCAUCACUAACGGUCACUGA